UGGCCGUUCGUGCGUUGCCGUUGCUGGGGAAAUACUGGCAAUACCACGGGCAAUACUUGCCUACAUUCGAAAGCAGCAUUGAGGCAAGCCUUGGAGGUUGGUUGCGUGUUGUAUCGUCAGCAAGUAACGAUUGGGCAAAACACUGUCGUCCGAAUUUCGGAACCGCUCGUUCCAAGAGCGAUCCACUGAAACUCGCGCGCGUCCGCGGUGUGGUGAACUUGUCGUGGCGUUUGAGUUCGUUUCUUCGGUGCCACUGGGCUUCAUCUAUCCGCCCCACCGUUUGCGACUUUUUGGUGGGCGAGCAACGAGCUGGAGACACGAAUACAAACCUUCAUACUCAGAUUGAACCUGGCCUAAAAUAGCACAUACCCAAGUGAACAUUUUUGGUAUAGCUUGGUGUUUGAGGAGACGGGCCUGCGGCCCGACCGGAGCCCCCGAUGAUGUCUGCCCGCAUGUCCGGCUUCUCUCCCGCUCUGGACUGGAGACCCCUCCUGUUCCGAGAGCCGGCCGUCGCACAGAUGGCUUGCUCGCUGUGCGGGGUACUGUCCCGGAGAUCCUACAGGCUGCCCUGUGCGCACACACUCUGCUCCGAGUGCCACGAAGAAAGCGCUCGGGGAGGGAGCACCUGUCCCCUGGACGACACGUCCUUCGGUGGUAAUGCCGUCCUCCGGUUCGACGUUCAGGAUGGCUACACCGGAGAACUCAAGGUGGCCUGCUGGAAUGCCCCAAGUGGCUGCAACUUCGUGGGCCCCGCCGCCAGCCUACUGGAACACUUCCAGCAAUGUGCCUUCCACGUCGUGUCUUGUCCUAGGUGCCAUUCGUCUGUGCUGAGAAGCUGUAUUGUGGGACAUUGCAAAGGUGGCUGCAGCGGUGUCUCCUCCGCUGAACCCGCCGAACCAACCACCGCAGCUGAACCCGUCACCCUUCCUCAACCCGCCACCGACCUAAACGUCGCGGUUUACGGUGUUGUGGAAAACGCAAGCAAGAAACUUGGCAAGGAAAUGGGCAGGCUCUAUGAGGAGUUCUGCUGCCUUCACACCAGCCUGAACCAGUGCCGCGAGGACAUCAGGAUUACUGCGAGAGACUCCAGGGACCAGCUGGAAGCUCGACUGGCGUUCCUCUCCGAGCAGCUCGCGGGGUUGAGCGCGCUCUCUGCCGAGAGCUCCGCUGCAACCGUUGACAUGGGCAACGCGCUGAAAGCACACAUGUCCUCUGAGUUGCGCAUGCAGUGCGAAAGGCUGACGAGUAUUGCGGGGAGCACGUCCCCAGAAGUGUCGACCACCGACGGGGGAAUGGAGGUCUACUGGCGCGUCGUGGACUGGGCAGCCUUGAAAGCAAAAGCAGAGCGUGACGGUACUGUGUCGGUCGAAAGCCCCGUUCAGAAUGCAUUUGGAUACAGGGUGUCCCACCAUGUCUCUUUCCGUAAGUCAUCGCUGGGACUACAUUGCUGGAUGGCCCUCAGAAUCCACCUGGGGGACGACGAUUCGGUGCUCGAAUGGCCCUUUAGAAAGGCUUUUGCAAUGGGGGUCAUAAACCCUGCAGACAAAGCGAAGAGGCUUUUUUGCCGGAAUAAGACCUGCUGUGGGAUUGAGAAGCCGGUGAUAGGGCACAGUACUUCCGGAGGAUGCGUUCUCUCAAAGGCAAAGGAUAUGGAAACGGCAGGUGUCGUGAAGGAUGACGCACUGUACCUGUUCUUUCAAAUUGAAUCGUAGCCGGUGUUUUAUUGGGGAUAAUAAACGAGGCAGUGUCUCCUCCUGGCCGGAGUAAACCCUUUCCGAAAUUCAGUGCCGUCCAGUGGCUCAAGUAGCAAUUUAACUUUGCCGUACUAAUGAAUGUGUAGUUUGUGGUAAUUUUAUCGGGCACCAUCAGUUUUGCGUGUCAACGGCAGAUGAGAAUCUGUUUUUUACCAUUCAAUUUUUGGCAAUUUUUUUUUUCUUUUUUUUUUUUGUGUAGACAACUUGGCAAUUGGUCAGAACCAAGCACCAGCCCACAUAGACGCCUCGAUUAGCUCCUAUACAUUGGGGGGGUUUCAGUGCCGAUUGUUUGAAGCUAACAAAUUGACUGGACCCGAGUAAGAAAUGAAUGGUUACGCAGACCUAGUAUUCAAUUCCUGCGUCGCAUUAUACAAACGUCCUCGCGUCAUCCGCUCAGGAGCAUCUUCACCUCAUCACGGAAGGCCACCAUUAGUAGGGCACAUAUGCCAUUCCUCAGAUGAUAAUAGCGAUCACAGUUGCCAGGCUGAAUUUCGGAAAGGGUCUAUCGCGUUUGCUCGCGAAAAGUAAGAAUGCUCAAUUUUUGGGACCAAAGUGUAUAGUAAUAUUUUGUCGGCUUUUCUUUGGUUUGUUUUGUACUCUGAACCAGGCUGGACAAGUGGGUCAAAGACGACGCGGCAUUUGUUACUUCAGGCUCGCGCAUGGGCGACCGACUCCUCAAGCUUAUGUUUAUUUUGUAAAGAAACAAGCUUUUCUUUAGAGCAUGCAAAGAGGUCACAGCCAUAGCUGUUGCAAUGCUUAGUAACAUAUCUUUUUAUGCAUGUCUUUAUUUACUCAAUCCUGGACAAUACAGCCUUGUGAAACGCACUGUAUAGAGGUCAAUGUCCCUGCCUAAUACUAAAUUGAGACUGGUACCAUUAUGAGUGGUGGGCUACUUUACAUCUGAUAAUGUAUGCAAAUGGAGUUGUACUGCGAGGAAUCUAGGAAGCCACUCGUUAUCUGAACUAGUGGCAUUGUAUGUUAAUCUCCGGUGAUAAGUAGUGGCACAUCUUCGAGACAUGCCACUGGGAGGUUUGGAAUCAGGAAGAUCUUUAUGUCAGAGUGGGAUGUUCCGGGCGAGAUGUAUACACUGGAUAGGAUAGGACAGGAUAUAGUUUAUUUACAGAAGAAAACUAUCAAAAACACAUCCAGUUCACUUAAAGGGAUGGUGAACCGAAAUUUGGAUUUCAGAAAACAAUCCAGAAGCGGUAGGCGGGACGCUACAAUCCCUACAACACCACUCGCAAGGCGAUAUCUUGAAUGGAUGGCCGUAGUUUUGGAAAAAAGGUCAAGAUUAAACGAGGCUGAUGAGGCGCGUUACGUCAACAUAUCUCGUCUCCUCUUCUCUUCACUUCGCCCCCUCAAGGCAUUGAGGCGGAGAAGACGCGAGGCAGUUUCCUCUCCUUCUCGACUCUUCUCGGAGAAACAAGACGUCAACAUACCUGUCAAAUGCGCCUCUUUUUCUUAGAAAAAUACGGUCAUCCGUUUGAGAUAUCGUUGUAUGAGUGAUGAUCUGGUGUUCGUAGCAUCCCGUUGCACGCUUCUGCCGCUGUGUUUUGUGAAAUCCAGAUUUCGGUUCAGCAUCCCUUUAAGUGUAGAACACUUGUAUGUGGGGCGGGGCAGUGAAUGUACUCGCCUCAAUUGGAGUGGCAAUGACUCCUUUGGGGGGUUUCUCGGUGGAGGCGUUGCCACAACUAACGUGUGCAAAGGAUGGUGCUCGAGAUGCAAUGCAUUCCCCACUAACUCUCUUCUUUACCCCUCGGCCUCGGCACUGCGGGGAGCGCGGGCAUGCCCGUCACCUUUUGCCCGCGGGAUGAAUUACUCUGGUUGAAGGUGGUCACAUAUUUACAUCACUAAAGUUGGUUUUUCUUUUCGUUUUAUUUUUUUAAGCCCAACACUGACACUGCAAAUGCAGCUGGGAAUUUCCUAUAACAGCUAUUGUUGUAAAAGAAAAUAGAGGAACAAUAAAGAAAAAGAUGGCGUUUUA